AAACUGUAAAAGAGAAUCCACAGCUCGUCCGUACGGUCGUGUGCCGCGGAAGCCUAUAUUAUAUACAUAUUUAACGUACUAUAUGCAUACGUAUAUGCAUAUGUAUUUAUGUCGAUCAUAGUAUGUAUAUAUAUUUGCCGCAGUACUGUUUGUUCGUUCGGUUCGGUUGUUGCACAUAAAAGCCAAGUUUGAUUAAAUGCAUCAAAUUAAAAAAUACUCAUGUUGAAAAAUCGUAGUGAGCAGAUAAAACCAUUCUCAUCUGAGAUUGCAAAACAUACAACGAACGAAAAAGAGGAAGAACAUUUAAACCUUUAAUAAGGCCUAAUUGAAAGGGAGAUGCAAGUGGAAAGUUUUUUGCAAAAGAAUAUCCCGCUGACAAGUAGUUCCUUCAUAUUAACACUUAAAAUAACGGCAGUAACAAUAAGGAUCCUACCGAUUCGGGCAAUUUUAGCACAACUCGAACAAACUGUAACAGAUAGAAAAACAGCUGCUGUAGCUCUUGAAGCAGAAUAUAGGCUGGUACUAAACGCAUUCAAAACUAAACUCGCAGGUGAGGUGAUGGCGGAUACGGACGAGAAUCUCGCACAGAGCUGUGACGAUUUCGAGACCAGAGACAGAGACAACUCAACACAAGACAACAGCAAUCCCGAGAAACAGCCGCCAAACAGUAAUAAGAAAUCGCAUAGCACAGCGGCUUGUGAUGCCGAUACGAGAAUUGAUUGCAAGCGAAAAAAGUUGUCACCUUUAACCUACAUAAGGAGAGACAGCAUCGGCUAUGAGAGCAGGGCCAAGGAUGCCGAUGGGAACGACAGGAACGAUGGGAACGAUGGGGAUGACGAUCAAAGAGAAAGAGAAAGCAACACAUGUCCUGGCGGUAGUACAAUAGCAACGAAUUCAGAUGGUCUGGAAAGAAGGAUGUGUGGUGCACCUUCGCAUGAUGAGCAUGAGCCGGCCCCUAGAUCCCUAGAUCCAGCAGCUACUCCAACGGAAUGUGACAGAGCUGCAAACGAUGAAGAGACCGAUUCUAGAGAUCGGCUGGCACUAGGCCAGCUAUCGAGAGCCGAACCAAUUGACCAAUAUGCGACAAAUACAUAUAUUGCACCCGAGCAGGCGCUCGUAACUCGGGUCGAGCUCGUUGUGCCCGGCCAGGUGCCAAUUCAGGUGCCCAUCCAUGCGCCUGCAUCUUCUGUAUCUUCCGGAGCGCUUGACUCAAUGUUGUCGUCGUCUACGUCGCAUACGGAGUCACAUUUUAAUAGCGAUGUCCGUUUUGGUGCUACGACUUCGCCCACAAGAAGGGCGGAAACUGAUAAAAACAAUGGUUGUGAAAUAGACUCCUCCAGCUUGAGUGUAAGGAUUCCUACUAAUUUAACAUUAACAACAACGGGUGAUAUUUUGACUAGUGAUCGGCGUGCAGCAAUAUGGGCACCGCAUGGAGAAUAUAAGGAUGACCAUGCCCAGGCUGGCAUCGAUGGGGAGGAGGGCCAGGCGCAGGAGCAGGAGCAUGGUCAGGCCAAUCCCAACCAGGAUCGUUUACAUUUGAGCUGCGACUCAGACAUCUAUCGCACUCAGCAGCAGCAGCAGCACCGUCAAGACCAAGAGCAAAGACAGUCGCAUUCGCAUUCGCAUCCGCAUCCCGCCGAACUUUUAUUACAAAUCGAGAAGGAUACAACUUCGUCGGCAGGCUUUGGCCUGCAAAUACAACAGAACUUUACUCAUCAGCAACAGCAGCAGCAACCACCGCAUAUUCAAAACCAACUGCAAAAUAACAUGUACGGCCAAAUGAUGCCACAGCAACACACACACACACACCAGCAACAGCAGCAGCAGCAGCAGCAGCACCUCCUCCACCACAACAUACAUCAGGAGAAUAUUCAUGAACAUCAGCACCAGCAGCAGCAGCCACAUCUUUAUCCCAAUUACAUUCAUCAGCAUUAUGCUCACGAUCAGCUGUUUGCCCUACAUCAUACUCAGCCCCAGUGCCAACAGCAGCUGCAGCAGCAGCAGCAGCAGCAACAUCAGCUCCAAGAGCAGCAUCAACAGCAUCAGCAGCAACAUCAACAACAAACACAGCUCCUGCAGCACCGACAUCACAUUGAAUGCCAUGGCCAUUUGCAGCAGCAGCAGCAACAGUCCAUUCAGCAGACGGGACCGCAUCCUCAUCCACAGCAGCAACAGCAGCAGCAGCAACUGCAGGAGCCCUACCAUGAUCUGAUGAUGGACGAGUUCCACGAGGAUCCAUGCUCAGCGUACAAGUUAACACUUUCGCCGAGCAAUGCAAAACCGGAAAAUCAAGAUGAUGGCUACGAGACGAGCGCAGGAGAUGUUUUGACACCCAACUCGCAUAGUUCAUCGACGCAUUCGGUGACGCCACAGCAUCAGAUGCAGCACGGCGGCCUUGGACAUGUUGGGCAAAACAAGCACGAAGAUCUGAUCGCAUCGCAGCAGAACUCCAACAAUAAUAAUCAGCAAUCGGCGGCAACCACGUCCAGCAGCAGCAGUCCGCAGGUGCAAGCAUCAAGUGGGCAAAGUGUCCUGCCCGAUCUUUCCAUGCCCCAGAGCGUGAAUGCGAGGACCUCGAAUAACGUUGAUGUUGCUCUAUCGAAUGAUCCCUACAGUUUCAUGGCAGAAGAGAUGAGUAUUCUGUCACCGGGAGGUCAGCAGGCGGUAGAUCUGCCAGGCACCUCAAAUCCCUCUAGCUAUUCGCCUGUGCCAGUUGCAGGAUCAGGAUCAGUUGUCCAACAGUCCAACAGCAUGUACAACAUCAAGGAUCAUCAGCAAUCGUUGCAGCAAUCGGAGCAGCGCCCGCCAAACGGUGAGCCCCUCGCGGAAUCUCAUCAUAGUACAGAUACCAGAAUCGAAUCCCAAGAUGCCAACAACUCCAACUGCGAUCUAAAUGCCAGGACUGGAUCGGUGCCCAAAAGAAGGGGACGUAAAAAAAAGCUAAUCGAUGCGGAUAAUAGUAUGCAAAUGGUAGCUCCACAACAACAGUGUGGCGGCAGGGAUGGCAGCGGAGGAUCCGAUGAUAUCCUAAACAUGAAGCCCAAGGAGCGCAAGAAGCACGAUCGAUUCAAUGGGAUGUCCGAGGCGGAAGUUAUUAAGCGAACGAUACCCGAUCAUCUUUGUGAUAAUCUUGAUAUUGUUAUAGUCGGCAUAAACCCUGGCCUGUUCGCUGCCUACAAGGGCCAUCAUUAUGCUGGACCCGGCAAUCACUUCUGGAAAUGCCUCUAUCUAUCCGGACUCACCCAAGAGCAAUUGAGCGCCGAUGACGAUUACACGCUAAUCAAGCAAGGCAUCGGGUUCACCAAUAUGGUUGCGCGUGCCACCAAAGGCUCCGCCGAUUUGACGCGAAAGGAAAUCAAAGAGGGUAGCCGCAUUUUGCUUGAAAAACUUCAACGAUUUCGACCCAAAGUUGCCGUUUUUAAUGGCAAACUUAUAUUUGAGGUUUUCUCUGGCAAAAAGGAGUUCCACUUCGGUCGGCAACCAGAUCGUGUCGACGGCACAAAUACUUAUAUUUGGGUGAUGCCUUCCUCAUCGGCGAGGUGCGCUCAGCUGCCUCGCGCUGCGGACAAGGUGCCAUUUUACGCGGCGCUGAAAAAAUUUCGCGACUUUCUCAAUGGACAAAUUCCGCACAUGGACGAGUCGGAAUGCGUGUUCACGGAGCAGCGUAUAAGACAAUGUUGCGAGCAGGAAUCGCUCAAGGGUAUGCCUCCAGCUGCUGUUGCCAGCGCCAGUAGCCAUACUAUUGCCAAUGAUCUGAAGCAAUCUAGUCUUAUGUUUGGCAAUGACAAUGUCGGCGGCGGCAGUGGCAGUAGUAAUAUUGAUCCCGGCACAGAUUGUUCCAAUCAGGUUGUUGAUAAACUGCUGCCGCACUUCAAUCCAAAUAUGUCCAAUGUGAUACCACGUGACGGAGCAGGUGCAGGAGGAGGCGGAGGAGGAGGCGGAGGAUUUAUGUACGGCAAUAAUGAUGAAUCGAUGAGAGCGGCGGGCUCUAUAACGGAGCACAACUAUUUGUCCGUAUUUGGAAAUCAACAUCAGUCACAACAGCCGCUGCCAGAGAAAAAGAAACGUGGCCGACCCAAAAAGAUCAAAGGACAAGAGAUGAUUGAUCCAACAAACGGGGCCAAGGUCAUCACACUAACGCCUCAGCAUGACUUUAAUAAUAUAUUGAAUCUGUCCAUGAUUGCGGGUGCAGCGGGUGCUGGAACAGGUGGAAGCGGUGCCAGCGGCAGCGAGAUGCCCACCAAAAAAAAGAGGGGCAGACCCAAGAAGCUAAAGCCCACACUCGAGAAUAUACUAACAACAACAGCGACAGCAGCAGCAGCUGCAAAGCAUCCGAAUUCAGGUGCGAAUCCGCAGUCAGCAACAGUCACAAGCAACAACAGCAUGCACACGAUUUCAAUGGAGCACACAGCGUCGCCGCAGAGUAGCCAUCAGGCGCCGCCCAGCCUGUACAAUACGCCGCCGCCGUCUCACAUAUUGUAUACGGCAUCUGCAUCGCCGAUGGCAUCGCCAGCAGCUCUCAAUUGCAGCUAUUCGCACUCGCAUGGUACACCGCCAGUGGGCCAGGUCGAUCAUCAGCAGCAACAGCAGCAGCAGCAACAGCAGCAACAGCAGCAGCAUCAUUUGCAGCAAAUCACGGAUCAUUUGCCGGGCAAUCAUCAGAGCCAGGUCGUUGUCGGUAUUAGGGAUCAGCCGCAUCUGGGCGAAACUCCGCCGCCAAGCUCACCAAAUAUGUGCAGCGUUGUUGAUUUUGAGCCGCCGACGGAUCGCAAUGAUGGACAGGAUACAAAUCUGGUUAUGUCGCAACAGGGCCGAAUGGUAGAUAAAUCGCAAUCAUACCCCAGCUCAGUUGCGCAGCGCGACGCAGAGCCACUUUCGCAUGUCCAGGAACAUUAUCAGCAGCAGUGGCUAUCGCCAGGCCAGGAUCAACAGCAAUCCGCCCAAAAGGUUAACCAGCAAACACUUCAAUCUCAGUCCUCGCCCGUCGCCGUCGCCGUCGCCGUCUCGCACUAUCCGCAGCCCAACUAUCAGCCAGACACUCCGGAGCAUUGGCAUCGUUUCGAGGAGCACAGCAAUCAGAGCAGAUCCUAUAUGCUCCCAUCUCCGCACCAUCAUAACCAGCAUAACAUCAACAAUAUGAGUCCACAGCUGAGCGGCACGCAGUCGUCUGGCCAAAUUCAAGCGCAAGCUGCCUCUGAUAUGUCACGCAAGAGUCUGUCAGGUCUCGAGUCUUUGGUCGAUCAGAUACCAACAAUAAGUGAACACGAAUCAAGUGCAAUAUCCUCGGCAACGGCAGCUGCAGCUGCGGCUGCUGUCGAAAGCCGUUUACUUGGCCUCCAGCAGCAGCAGCAGCAACAAAAGCGCUGCCAUCAGGAAAAUGAUGUUGUUCAUCCGGAAGCCACAACGAACAACAACAAUGUGAUUAGCAAUUUCUCUGUCAGCAGCCUGGCGGCUUCUGCGGCAACGACGAAUACGAAUACGGAGACCCAUUUGGCACAGCCUAGCAGUAAUGCCAGCAGGCCCGAGAGUGGGCAUAGUAUCAACAGCAACAACAACAACAACAACAGCAACGAGUAUUCGAACCAUAGCCAAGUGGGGUAUCCGCAUCAUGCAAGCCAUUUGAUCAGCAGCGCAUUGGCGACAGCAGCAACUGCGGGCAAUGCACAGGUGUUGUCACCGCAUCCACAUGCCCAUCCGCAUUCGCAAAUGUAUAUGGAUCAUGCGCACAUCACAUCGCACAUGGCUCACAUGCCGUCGGUGAAUGUUAACUCAAUGUACGGAUCACCAUACGGGCCGCAGCAUGGCACCUCGGCGCCGGAUUACGGUCAUCAUGGACACUAUGGCGUUCAAAAUGCGGCACCCACGUUGCACGUGCCAAGCCCCAAUUAUCCGUAUGCACAUCCGUAUGGUCACACUCCACCGCAGGGCAAUUACACGGGCUUCGCACAUGCCCAUACACAUCCCCAUCCGCAUCCCCAUCCGCAUGCCCAUCCGCAUCAUCAUCAUCAUCAUCACGGCCAUGCAGCGCAUCAUUUGAGCGUCUUCGAGCGACUCAAGCCGUCCGACAUAAGCGGCUACAGCGGCUUCUGAUGGCAGCACGAGCAGCAGGACUAACAACAACAACAACAACAACAAAUAUGAUACGAAGCCGGCGGCGUGAUUUAAACACGGAUGCGGCCCCUUUCGCCCCUCGCCCAGCAAUCUCCGGCUAGGCCGUUUAUACUUACAUAAUAGUUUAAGUAAAUUUUACAAUUAAAUAAGAUAACCAAAGACUCCGCCUAAUAAAUUUCUUUUGUAAGCAUCAACGGACAAUUAAUAUUACUUAGAUCUGUGUGCGUGUAUAUGUAUAUGUAUUAUCAUAGUAGUCUCUUUGUAUGUAUAUGUUACAUACAAUACAAUACGUAUUUGUCUGCGUAAUACAUACUCUCUAUCUUC